AUGUCUGCCGUCGAUAUCACCGACCCACAAGUGGCUGCCGAUCUCAAGAAGAAGCGAUCUUUCCGCAAGUUUCAAUACCGAGGUAUCGAAUUAGAAGCUCUCCUCGACCUCAGCAAUGAACAAUUGAUGGAGCUCGUGCACGCCAGAGCACGUAGACGCUUCCAACGUGGUCUCAAGCGAAAACCUAUGACCCUUAUUAAGAAGCUCCGGAAGGCAAAGAAGGACGCUCCCCCCAAUGAAAAACCUGCUGUUGUCAAGACUCAUCUUCGUGACAUGUUGAUUGUUCCAGAAAUGAUCGGAAGUGUAAUCGGAAUCUACAACGGUAAGACUUUCAACUCAGUGGAAAUCAAGGGUGAAAUGGUCGGUCACUACCUCGGUGAAUUCUCGAUCUCAUACAAGCCCGUCAAGCACGGACGACCCGGUAUUGGUGCCACCCACUCUUCCCGUUUCAUUCCAUUGAAGUAG